AUGGAUCCUUAUAGAUAUUUUGCUUCAGAAUUGAGUGAUUUGAUGAAGAAACUAGAAGAUCUACUUGAAAAGAAGUUUGUUCCUCCGAGUAUUUCGUCAUGGGGUGUGCCAGUAUUGUUAGUGAAGAAGAAGGACGAUAGUAUGAGGCUAUGUGUGGAACAUCUGAGAAUUGUACUGCAGACAUUGAAAGAGAACCAGUUAUAUGCAAAGUUUCCCAAGUAUAUGAGUUUAAUGUGUGAAGAAACUCCUAACAGUGUGAAGUUGGGUAUGUUAAAGCUGACAAGUGAUAUCCUUAAAGAGAUCAAAGAGGGUUGGAGAUCCGAUUUGAGUUUGAUAGAUCUUAUCAUGUUAAUCAACCAAGGCAACAAAGGUGAUUUACGAGUUGAUAAGAAUGGGGUUGACGAAGUAUGCUCAUUUUAUUCCGAUGAAAUUGGAUUAUCCAUUGGAGAGGUCGGCGAAGCUGUAUAUCAAGAGGAUUGUGGGUUUGCAUGGUUCUGGGAGAGUUUGCGGAUGGAUUUGGGUACGAAUUUUCAUUUGAGUUCUACUUAUCAUCCGCAAGAAAAUGGCCAGACUAAGAGAAUUAUUCAGUCGCUAGAGGACUUGAUGAGGGAUUGUGUACUUGAGAAAGAACGUGCUUUAGAUAGAUUUUUACCGUUGAUUGAGUUUACCUACAAUAAUACUUUCCAUGCUAGUAUUUGGAUAGAACUGUAUGAGGCAUGGUAUCAUAGGAGGCGUAAAACUCCUUUGUGUUGGUAUGAGUCAGGUGAGAGUGUUGUGCUCGGACCUAAGAUUGUUCAGCAGACGACUGAGAAUAUCAAGAUGAUCCAAAAGGAGGAAAGCACUUGA